AUGAGACCUACGGCUGAACUUGGCUUAGAUGAUCAUCAUCAGGGAAUUGUCAAGAGCUACAUUCAGUUUGCUCGAUACUUGCGAACCCAGAACCUCAAAGCUAUUGAUAUGUGCAUUCAAGACAUAGCUGAUACAAGGUUAUUGGAUGCAACGUACACUCAAGGAGAAGUGACGGAGAUCCUACGAGAGCUUCAAGUACUGAUACACUCAGAUGUGGAGACGGAGCUGAUAAGUCUGGCGCACACGUCGGCGCUGUUACUCGCGCAGGUUCUGGCGCAAGCAGACAAAUGGCACCUGCGUGUCCUCGUCAACCUCUCCGAGAUACAGAACAGAGAAAUGUUGGAACAUGUCAAAGCAAUGGAAGCUUCAGAUCUGGGCAGCAAACUGAAGUUGGAACCAUUGAAUAAUGAGGAUGGAUCAUCACAACUUCUCCGCAUUGAAAUAGAAAGACUCCAAGCCGAAAAUCAACAGCUUGAAGAGAAGUUCAAACAUUUUGAAAAUCAGAUCAUCCAACUGAAAGAGGAUAGAAACAAGCUGAUAGGGUUGGUUGAGAAGAAAGACGAAAGAAUCACCCAUCUCACUCAUGAGCUUCAACAACUGACAACGAUGACGAACAACGAUCAGACAACAGCGACCCCACAGAUUGAAAAACAAGAUCCUGAGCAUUUGCUGAGUCAGUAUGAGAAAGUGCUGAGUGAACAGUUAAGCUCAGAAAUGCAGACAGUACAGUCUCAACUAGCACUGGCACAACAGGAGCUAGAAAAGAAAUUCAACCAAACAGCUGCGUAUAUGAACAUGAAGAAAAUGAUCGGGAGAAAGAACGACCAAGUCAGAGAAUUAAGGAAGAAACUGUUAAAGUACGAGCCUCAAGAAACAGGAGACAGUGAUUAAGUUGUGCAAAACUACAAAGAUUUGUCUUGCAAGAAGAAAAUUUAGAACGUGGUUCCGUAAGCGAUGGCAUUAUGCUGGUUUACGUGUCAACAGCUAACAAGCCCAUGACUACAAGUAUACAUAGAACCUCGAUAACAAAUCCCUCAUGGGGAUUAUGAAAUAAGACUUGUUAUCAAGUUGACGUCUUAUCGAGACUGCAAUUACAUGUAGUUAAGGGCAAUAUAAAACCAAGGGCG